AUGUCGGACGUAGAAGAGGAUACCCCCGCUGUUGAGGUGCAAGAUGAGGUCGAAGUCUCCGGCGAGGCUCCCAAGGGACAAAUGUCGGUUCUCGAUGCGCUGAAGGGCGUUCUCAAGCUCGCGCUCAUGCACGACGGUCUUGCACGCGGUCUCCGUGAGGCCUCCAAGGCUCUCGAUCGUCGCCAGGCACACAUGUGCGUCCUCAACGAGGCUUGCGAGGAGGAGGCCUACAAGAAGCUUGUUGUGGCCCUGUGCUCUGAGCACAAGAUCCCUCUCAUCAAGGUCCCAGACGGAAAGCAGCUCGGAGAAUGGGCUGGUCUUUGCGUUUUGGAUCGUGAGGGAAAUGCCCGCAAGGUUGUCAACUGCUCGUGCGUUGUCGUCAAGGAUUGGGGUGAGGAGUCGCAGGAGCGCUCCAUCCUCCUCAACUACUUCCAGACUGAGCAGUAGAGGACUUUUGUUGGACCACAGGUGCAAGGCAUGAUGGAUGGGGUUACACAGGGGGGAACAUUGGCUAUGUCAUGACAUGACGGUGGGAUAUCUUCUGAUGUACUCUAGCUUCGGGCUUGCAUAGCUGGACAUCAAUGAAACUUCAAUUGUGCAAU